AUGCACUGGUUGGCAGCAUUAGACAGCGCCGCAGAGCGGUUUGAUGGCGGUCGUCGGAGCUUUCCUCUGGCCAGCGAAGCUGACUUCGUUCGCAACUACGCGUACGAGCCGCCGAAUGAGGACUACAAGAAGCUCUUCUUCUGCCGAGCGACCAUCUCACGCUCGCAGCGUGAUCCAGGUGCUCGUCCGCACAGCGCAGGAUGGCUGAUCCCCACCCGUGACGAUGCCAGCGUCUGCAAGCCCGUCUUCAUUGCCCACUCCGUCUUGUCAGCGAUCUGGCUUCUGCGCGAGACGCUCGCCGACGACGUCCUGCCUGACAAUAUCUGGGAUCGUCUGGUCUGCGCGGCCGAGUCGCUUGCGGAGGACGGGAUGGAAGAGCCGCCGUCUGCGCAGAAGCCCUUUGCUUCCCCUUCACAACAGGCCUCCGCUCCACCCCUGCAACAAAAGAAGCGGCCACACCUAUCUGCGCCGGCCCCUACACCAAAGCGCGCUCGAACAACCACCGAUGAGACACAUCCAGCCAGCCCUCAGCUGUCACAGCCUAGCGAACCAGAUGAGCAGCUGAAAGACUCCCCUCUGCACAUCACUACCAUCUCCAACAACAACCGCCGUGCGGAGCAAAAACGCAGCAGGACACUCGCCACUUCGCGUGCGAAGAAGCGGCUUGCCCUUAGUCUGGUAGCACCUGGCGACAAGGCUCCUCUUCCAGAGCAGGCUGCCUACACCUCUAUUGUGCAAAAGGACAAGUCCGUUAUCGCCUAG